UCAAGCGCGGAAAUCCAAGAAAUUUUCUCGCACUCGAGCAAUAACUGCGAGCGGGGACAUGAAAGUCCUUGGACCACGAUGUGGUAUUGGUCAAAAUCAACGAAACAACUAACAACAUGCAGUGCGACUCAAGCAAGCGUCCGCGGCGCAUAUUAUUCUAUAUCCGCGCGUUUAACGUCGUCUUCUUCAGCUAGUAAUAUUCCACAAGUGAAUUUUGUUUUUUAAUUAACCUACGGUUACACAUUUAAUUGAUUUCAACCAUGGGGUACGGAAGCCAUAUGGAUGGCUGCGGCACUUUUAUGAAAUACUCCAUGUUUAUAAUAAACUUCAUUAUAUUCCUUGGUGGUAUUACCGUUGUCGCACUUGGAGUAUGGACGGUCGUGGAUAAAUCCUUUGCGAAUGAAUUAUUGGGCACGAAUAUGUACAUCGGUGCCGUUUAUGUAAUUACAACAGGGAUAUUAGUCUCGGUGAUUUCAUGUUUUGGUUGUUUUGGUUGCCAGGAAGUGCGCUGUAUGUUGGUAACUUACUUCAUCUUCGUGUAUUUAAUCUUUGUCACCAUGCUGGUUGGUGGUAUUCUGGGAUAUGUUUUUCGCGCCAAAGCCGAAACAACUCUUCGCAAUGAAAAUGAUUGGUUCCAUCCGAUCGUACAGGCAACGAUAGGCUUAAUUUCGGAAGCCUGGGACGAAACCCAAUCUCGUCUCCAUUGCUGUGGCGUCACCGACUACCGAGAUUGGACUAUUAAGAUUCCGGACUCCUGCUGUCGCGAACCGGUUCCCGAAAAACGCCGGGGCGAUGCAACUUACUCGUCGAAACCCAAAACUCUUCACCUCUACAACAAAGGAUGCUACAACGUCACCCUGAAUAAAUAUGUGAAGCAAAACGCGGCCAUUAUCGGCGGUGCUGGUAUUGUUGUCGCUGGCCUUAUGCUCAUUGGUAUGAUUUUCUGCUGUGCACUAUACAAAAUGAUUGAAUAAUCUGCACGUCAAGAAUCUCACAGUGAUGGCGAGAUGAAUACUGUAAUAUUUUGUUAAUUAAGCUAAG